UCCUUCUCCUGUAUAAGUACCGUUUGUGCUGAUAAGUUAAAAACAACGAUACAUGGAAUGAAGUAAUAUUUAAAAUAGUUUUUAUAAAUCAAACUAAGUAUAUCCAACUACUUACUUGACAAAUAGGGAGUAAAACACUGCAAUAGAUUGAAUGUAUCAAGUGAAAAAUGUAAUUCUAGGUAAUUCAUUCUCAUUUCGAAAAGACCAAUAAAGAAUUCACUUCUUAUUCAUAAGUUAGUAAGAGAGAAGAGUGAUAUGUAUGUCAGGUCAUUGUAACUUUAUUGAAGCGCUGUGGAAGUCCGUGCCUAGAAGUCGUUGCUCUGGCAGUCACAUGGCGUCGUGCGAAAUCAAAAGGACGAGUUGCGGUAGUGAAUGCAGAGUGCAGUCACUCCGCAUGCGGCGGUUGAACGAGCUGGUCUGAUCGAGGUGCAGCAGGCAAGAGAAAGCCUCUCGAACGCAGUUCCAGCCGACACUCGUCACAUAGUAACAGGCUUGGAAGAAUGGACAAGCUACGGGAUAAUGAAACCUCAACGAGUGCCGGCAAUGAAAAAGAUUUAAAUCAAGAACAUCCCUUAAGAAACAAAUGCACUCACUUGGUAAAGGAUGCAUGGCGAUGGCUGUCGUCCAACUGGUCUCAAGUGGUACUCGUUGGCACGCCUCUCGUCUUUGCACUCAUCCCGAUUAUUAAUAACACAAAAGAAGCAAAAUGUGCCUACGUCAUUUUGGUGAUGACCGUGUACUGGAUGACGGACGUGGUACCGAUGCCAGUAACAUCUCUCAUUCCGGUUUUCGGUUACCCACUUCUGGACAUCUUAUCAACCGGAGAGGUGUGCCAGCAGUACCUCAAGGGCACCGUCAUGAUGUUCCUGGGGGGCGUCAUAGUUGCGGUGGCAGUGGAACACUGUAACUUGCAUAAGCGGAUCGCUCUGUUCGUCAUCCUGAAAAUCGGUUUGAGCCCAAGACGACUGAUGAUCAGCUUCAUGGUGACGUCAGCGUUCUUGUCCAUGUGGAUCUCCAACACCGCGACCACGGCCAUGAUGGUGCCCAUCGUACAAGCUCUUUUGCGCGCCCUUUACAAGGAUCGGGAAGAGGCGAGCGAGUUUGAUUCGACCGAAGCUACAACGAUGGUCACCAUAGAGCCAUCAACGGAGAACCUCACCAACCAUGCGAACGAUAAGACAAUUAAAUCGAUCGAAAAUCUUGGAGAGGAUCAAGCAUAUCAAAUUCAGUCUCUUGAUAAUGGUUUCAGUACGACCAGUGGAAAUUUAGCAAGCGUUCAAAUGGAGCGCACGGAGAGCUCAAAACGUAAUUCAAAACAUUCCGACAACGAUGAACAGGAUUCAACAUCAUCAAAUGAUAACCGAAAACUGGGUUCAGAGCAGCUGCAACCAGUGACAUCACAAAGCAGAAAAACAUAUGAAAACUCGGAAGAAAAUGUUGCUUUCCCAGCAAACACAGUCAAUGCUCAGACAGAUGAGGUCGAAAAUGUGUCCAUUGAGUCAGAUAAUAUUCAGAAGAAUAAAAAGCUGGCACCGCAGGAAGAUUUUUCCGGCCAGUUGGCCGCUAUGUUCUUGUUGGGGAUCGCCUACUCCUCAAACCUCGGAGGUACAGCCUUCCCCACAGGCACGGGCGCCAACAUAAUCUUGUGGGGCCUCUUGGAGAGCACGUUCACCGAGCCUACCUCAGUCAACUUCGCCACAUGGAUGGCCUUCAACGUGCCGGUGAUGCUGGUGUGCGAGUUGCUUGCAUUCCUCAUACUGGACGCCAUGUUCGUUGGAUGGGGGAGGUGGCGCAAGUUGCCUCACUCCAGUGUAGAGGAGGAACGCCACAUGAAAAAAGUGGUGCUGCGAAGCUACAAAUCCUUGGGGCCCAUAAAUUUCCACGAGAUCGCAGUCUUCACCCUCUUCUUGAUUCUAGUUUUUCUCUGGGUCUUUAGAAGCCCUGGCUUCACUGCAGGCUGGGUAGAUGCUAUGAAUAAUGAAGUGAAUGUUGGCAACGCCACCCCAGCCAUCCUCAUUGUCUUCCUUCUGUUUGUUAUUCCCGCGAAUCCUCAAAUUUGGCCAUUCAAAGACGGCGCAAAAAAGAAUGAAAAAGAAAGCCAGCAGCCAGUAGCUUGCCUGACGUGGCUAGCAGUGGAGAAAGGUGUCCCGUGGGGAAUCAUCCUUUUGAUGGGUGGUGGAUUCGCCAUGGCAGAGGGAGCAUCAAAGUCUGGUCUUUCUGUAUGGAUCGGUCUUCAACUGCAGUCUUUUUCCAUUCUACCUCAUGCAGUCAUCGUCAUACUCGUUGCCACCAGCGCGUCCUUCUUGACGGAGAUGGUGUCAAACAUGACCGCAGCUAAUAUUUUCCUGCCAGUGGCCCGGGACCUGGCUCUGGGGCUUGGGAUGAACCCAAUCUUCCUGAUGUUGCCCGUGACGAUCGGCUGUUCAUACGCCCUUAUGAUGCCCGUGUCCAACCCACCCAACGCCAUAGCUUACAAUGCCUGCGACUCAAUGACCACCAAACAUAUGAUGAAAGCUGGUCUGAUGGUGAAGCUGUGCUGCUUGGUUGUUCUGUUCGUCGCACUUGUGACUCUGGGUGACGCCUUGUUUGAUCUCUACGAGGUCCCGAGCUGGGCUUUGUCGACGAGAACGGCUCAAUGAUCUUCGAACUCUACAAUUGCUUGAAUAUUCGUGAUCUUUACAAAGGUUUAAGAACCCUUGAUCUUUACAACGGCUUGAGGAUCCUUGAUCUUUACAACUGAUUGGGAUCCUGGAUCUCUGCAACUGCUAAAAGAUCCUUGAUCUAUACAACGGCUUGAGGAUCCUUGAUUUGUAAAACUGCUCAAGAAUCCUUUUCUCAUCCGAAAACUUUCUUGUAGUUCUAUGAACUGCAAGAUGACUUAAAUGAUUCAUGAUCAUUCAUUUGAAUCAGUAUGGAGAUUCUGGUAAUUUAUCAAGUGACAGCUGCAGCUCUGCAUUAAAAAGCGCACUAGCAGCAGUAAGAAUUAGCAACCAGAGUACAAUUCACCUAAGAUAUAAGUAAAAAUUGAAAUGCAAACUCAACACCUGCAUUUUAAUAACCAGGAAGUAGCCAAACGUUAUAAUUUCACUCUAAAAAGUUCAUGCAUAUUUUAUUGCAUGAACUAUCAUAUAAAGGAAAAAGUAAUUUAUUAAUGUAUAGCAUUAUAGCCAUUUUCAACGCAUUGAUGCAGUCAAAUUACACUAUCCAAAGCACGAAGACUAUAUUAAAUAAAGUUAAGGUUAAGAAUAGACAAACUUAUUAAUCUCGCGUUAUCACCGAAUUAUUUCACAUUGAGAGUCACUGAGAAAAUUGAUCUCAGGUAUAGGGUAACAUGGGGCAGCGAGCCCACUGCGGGUCACGGGCCCAUAGCGAG